AUGUCGCACAUUUCAAACCCUUCUGGAAGGGCGGGCCGGGCUCCGAGCGACCUCCUGGUGGGGUCUUGCUCCGAAAGGCGUGGCCGGAGGCCGACCGUGGGGCGUGUUAGAGUGGGGGGCGGGCGGGCCGAGGGCGUGUCGGGAAGGGCCAGGCCUCCCCGGGGGGUCUUGGCGGCCAGGCCCCGGGGGAGGGAGGGGGCGAGCCGGGCCCUGGUGUGGAGCCUCUGCGUAGGGGAGGGCGGGCACUGGAGGCCGCCCGGGGCCAGCUGUCUGCCCAAGUGCAGAAUUCGCAGCAUCUCCGAGUCCAGUCUAUUUAUGGGCUGGAGAAAAGGUGGCGUUGCCCCUUCGCCGGCCUCCCCGCCUCCGGAGCCGCGCCGGGCGCCAGCAGCUCGCGGCUGGACGGCCGCCUGCGAGGGGCCUCGGGGUGCGGCCGGGGGCCUGCGGCAGUCCAGCCCUAGAGGGCGUGGAGACCAGAGGGCGGUGAAGCGGCUCUAGGUCCGCCUCUCCAUUGAUGAAAUUUAAGU